AUGGAGGGCCGCUUGCAGCGACACUGCCUUCACCUGGUACCCAAAUGCAACCCUCGUGAACCGUUGAGGGAUGAACGGAUUAACAUCACCUUCAGAUGGGUUCGGGAACACCGCUUCCGUUGUCCUCUCCGUCGCAGGCCCCAAGCCUCGGAGAGCACUUUGUUGGCCAUCACUGGUGAGGGAAAUUUGGAUGCUGCAGAGACUAGGCUGCUCCCGCUCCCUUUGCGGUUUCAUGGCUCCUAUGUCAGAUGCUGGAGCAUGGAGGUCUGUCCAGGGAUCUUGAACCCUUUGCAGCAGUUGCGGCUAUGUGACGGGUGCAAGCAUGUUUGCUAUGCAGAAGGGCGUCCUUGCUGCGAAGGACAAGGUGAUUGGGCUGGAUACUGGUUCUGCCGUCGGUGCACUCUAAUCGACUCGUAA